AGACACAGCUAGUGACCACAUCAGCCGGCGGAGACCAGAGAGACUGCUGCCUCAUCUACCGUUAGCUUUUGUCACACUUUCACACGGUUACAUCGACAUUUGACACGUUUCGGAAGCCGUAAUUAUAUCUCCUUGCGAUCUGUUGGUGUCAUAUUUGCACUUCGUUGACAAUGGCUGACCCCAAAUACGCAAACCUACCAGGAAUUGUAAGUGGCUAACGCUAGCAGACAGAUUAGCCUGAUUGCUAUUUAGUAGCGCCCAGGCUGUGACAGCUAAGUUAGCUCACCUCCCUUCAGUCUGCUCUGUUUUCUAACUACUUGUUCGCUGAAGUCACGUAUAAUGUUCAGAUAAAGUGCAUUUUUAUGGCUAGAAUUUGAACUAGAGUCUUCUGAUGAAACUAAGUUAGUAGUAAAGGUUGGAAUAUGCGUGUUGUUGAAUGGGCCGGGGCGUUGGCCAGGCUAAUGCCAAUAAACGGAUUCUAUGACUCUAUGAUAUAUUGUUGAUUUUAUCUUUUUACAAGGCUUUUAACGAGCCGGACGUGUACGAGACCGGAGACCUUCCAGAGGAUGACCAGGCUCAGUUUGAGUCGGUAAGUGGACGUGUGUUUUUCUCUGUGUUUGAGAGUCAACAGGCAAACCUACUGAGCUACAGUGUUUAUGUUUAUUUUGAGUAAGGUUAGAUGUAAAGAGAUAUCCAUUCCACCCUAUCUUAGCUAAAAUAUAGGGGUGGGAGAAAAUAUCGAUUCACAUAAGUAUCGCGGUGUUUGUUUUAUAAUUUUUAAAUCGAUUUUUAUAUUCAAAAAUGGAUUUGACUUACAUGUGAUGUGUAUUUUUUGGGGAAAUAUGGUUUCUAGAAUAGUCAAUCAUAAUCAAUCAGCUGUUUCAGUGGUGUUAAAAAUGCAGACUGAAUACCGAGAAAAUCCACGAUAUCGUAGAAUUUUAAUCAAAUCGGCAUCCAAAAAAAUCAUAGAAGAAUCAAAUUGUGAGAAAAGCCCAACUAAAUUGUAUGAAAGUCAUGCUAUUUAGUAUUUUCUCAUUUGUGGAAAAUAUUGGUCUUGUAAACAUGUUUUAAGAUGCAGUUUAAACAGGUUACAUGCUGAAUAUCAAACCAAUUACUUGUUAAUGCGUUCGUAAGAAUGGGUAGAUAUGGUAAUUUGAUUAUAAAAACAUUCAGCCACCCGAACACUAUCAUAUAUUAAAAUGUCAGUGUGUGCCUUUGACCUUUUCUAACUGUGGUCUUGUGACUCUUACAAACAGCUUUUCUCACUGCUAAACUGUAAUAUCAAGUGGUUAUGAAGAGUUAAGAGUGGUAUUGCAAUAGUUUCUUCCUUUCUAACAAUGAAAAUGAGAAGUCCUUUGGAAACAGAGGACGAAAGCUGGUCUAACAUUACCUUUUUAACAUGUCUGGUUUGCUACUGACCGGCUGAAUGAAUCCUAAUUGGCAUUUUCCCUUCCAUGUGUCCAAAUACCCUUGCCCUUGUUUUGACUCUUCCAUACCCCUCCCGGGACUCUAGUUUGUACAAGUAAGACUGGCUCCGUUUUACUCUCAGUGAGCUUAAUGCCAUGCUUCUUAUGCAUGUUUUUAACCUGUAUCCCCUUUCCUACCUCUACUGAUUGGGACGAAAUGAGAAAAAAAAAAGAUUGAUGGAGUGGCCCUUCUUUGUUCUCUGUAAUUCAUCAAUUUUUGAUUGUUUUGAAGUACAUAGAAUCAAGUUUUUCCUCCUAUUUGUGUUGCUUAUUUAAACUGGAAAUAAUCAUUUUAAUGGCUCCUCAGAAGCACUUUAAUUGUCUCUUUCACUGGGCCUUGUUUUGACUAAGCAAUGCAGGCCAAAAGUUGUCUGAGUGGGUGUGAAACACUGACGGGACAGAAAAUUGUGUUACUAUUUGUUUAAGAUAAUUUUUCCUUUUAACCUUACGCCAUGUUCUAACAAUCGCUUCUAAGCUAACCACACUUAACUGAUACUAACUGGACAUUUCUAAGGCCCCUGUACUCUGUGCUGUAACAUCUUGCUGGUUCAUUGCAUGUGUAGCUUCAUGAGUGGCAUACAGUUUAAAAAAACAACUACACAGUGUUGAAAAGUCAAAUUUGACACAUCUGCCUGACAGAUCUUGAACUCUAUUAAGAAAGUAAAUAUCUCAGUAAAUAUGUAAGCACAAUUAUCCGAUUAUCUGUUCUUUUAUGUAUCUGAUUCAGUUUAAUCCCAGAAACUACUCAAACAUGACAGAUUUUCAUUAAAAUGACAGUCUGUAAGGGUUUUUUAUAAGUUUAGCUUUCCCAGUUACAUUCGUUCUGUCACAGCAGGCUGCAGUUUGUCUUUUUACUGCCACCGCUCUGGCAUCUUGUGAUUUUGAAAAGUACAUAAAGGCAGCUUUGGAUCCAUGCAUUGCUAAGUUUCAUACCAUGCUCUGCCUGAUGGGUCUGAGGCUUGAUGCUGCAGCAGUCAUGGUGAGAAUAUGGUCUUCAGCUCCUGUCAGACAAGCUUUUGUCGCCUAAUGCAGCACAUGUCUUCCAGUGUUAUUUGGCCGCUCAAUUUCCUUUGACUCGGACUGUCAAACAUGGUGUACAGGGGCCUUUUAACAGGAUAAUUUUCAUUACUCGCUUUGGCAUAGGUCAGCUGAUCAAUUUAGGGUGAACUGCAUGUUGUUAGGAGGUAACUCACUUUGACUGAUGAUCUAUAACAGACACCAACCUCUUAAACAGAAUGCAUUUUGGGGUUUUUCGACCCACUGUAGUUAUCCUCCAAUCAUCUUAAACCCCCUGUAACCCUUCACUCUUAAUCAUGUCGUUUUUGAAACACCUAUCCCCUACAUCCACGGCUUAAUGCAGCGGGACCAGAGCUCUCCAUGAGCACAAGGUUCCACUGCAUUAUAAAGUACAGUAAUGUACCAGAGGAGAAAGUAACAUGCUGGUAUUUGUUGAAGGAACAUCUCACCACCCUGAAUCGGGGAAAAGAGAAAGAACUGGAGACACCAGAAGCGGUCUGUCUCGUGUGUCUCCAGGGUUUUUAGCAGCGACUCUCUGAACACUGCUUUCUUUCUUGUCUUUCCCCGACCCCAGCCGACUGUUCCUGUUGUAUGCAUGGCAUGUGAUAACCACAUUAAUCUGUGUUGUCUCUCUCUCUCUCCUCCCUACUUUUUCUCUCCCUCUGCUCUUGCGUUACUUUCUCUAACUCUCUUUGGAAACCCAAGGAGCUGGUAAGAGCCUGACUAACUCUCCUCCCCCUCCACCUCCUCCUCCUCCUUCACCUCCUCCUCCUCCACCCUGCAUCUGUGUAACAGUCUUGUGUGUUUUGUCUUUUUUAUCCAAAUCAGUGUUCGUGUGUGUGAGCCCGAACUCAUACCAUCUUUUUGUAUGUGCCAGUGGUGUUUUAAUCUUACCCUUAGACUAGUUCACAAUAAUUUAUCACUAGAAAGUUUAAUCAAAUGGGUUUUUUUUGCUCUCCCCUGAAUCACUAAUGAAGGAGCUCUCAUUUAGAAAAGAAAAUCAUAGAGGCUGCUAGCUUUGGUUCUGCAUUUUGUAUUCAUGUAACAUCAAUCUAACCAAAGUAGACUUAAACCACAUGGAUAACAUACUUUUUAAGAUGGUCUAAGAGUCUACUUUCAGUGGCUGUUGAAUGCGUAAUUGUGCACCUUUGUCUCUUUUUAUUGCAAGGACUUUAAGUUAUGUUUGAAUAAUCUGGUUUGCCCCCAAACUGACUCAAUAAUGGCUACUAAGCUCUUGCAGAUUUUCAUGGCUCAUGGCUACAGUGGCUUGUAAUUGACGUGGGUAUGUGAUCUGAUGAUAAUAAAAAUAACACAUUCAAUUCAACAGCCUGAUUCAGUGCCUUUUGAUCACAUUUGGUGCAAUGAUCAAGCCUUGAAUUUCCGCCCUGAUCUUACCAAUCCUGUCGGUAUAUUUCAAGUCGAGACUUUUGAGCUAAGGCUCAUAUUUAAGUCUUUGCUGCCUGUGUAGUUUGAUCUGCCCUUUACUGAUCAAGUCCAUCUUUAUCUGACUUUAUCCUCUGGUGUUUCAAUGACAGGAGGAGCUCUGCAGUGAUAGCGUGGAGAGGAUUGUGGUCAACCCCAAUGCAGCCUACGACAAGUUCAAAGACAAGCAUGUCACCACCAAAGGACUGGGUCAGUUCAUCAUGUUUAACCAUCAGACAAAGGGGGAAAGUAAUGGUUGGUAAAGAUGGUGGACUGAUGGUCACGUAAUUUCUAGAUAUAAAGUAGAAUUAUUUCCAAGUAGAAUUAUUUCCAAGUACAAUGCAGUACUUUUCAACUGCAGCACAAUCUGCAGCCUCUAAAAUGAGCAUAAAGUUGAAUGAACACUUCUCCAAAACGCUUAAAACAGAAUUGAUCAUUAUGUGAAGAAGAGAGGAUUUAUCGCUGGUUGUUAAAUAGACCAUAAACAGUCAAAGAGGGGGGUUUUGCAGUCAGUCGGACUCAUGGCAAGUUACCAUCACUCAUACGAACAAACCUUUUAUGAAAACAACAUAAAAUCUUUUACUGACAUUUUUAAAUGAAUAAAGUAUUUUCUUUUUAGAGGGAAAUAAUGGAUGUGAGAGAAAAAUCUUGGGCUUCUUGCUUUUUCUGUCUGUUCUGACAAUCGUCUCCUUUUUACAGACUUUUCAGACAGAAUCAGUAAAAGCAGAAGAGUGGGCUAUGAGUCAGGAGACUUUGAGAUUGUAAGUAUAUUCAGUUCAGAAGAAAUGUAUCACUCCAUUAUUUUAAUCUUUGGAAAUUUUCUGUAACUGUACCAAUUUGAGUUUUUGAUUUCUCUGGCUACACGUGUUUCAUUGUGAUUUUUCCACCUCAGAGCAGCUGCUUACAUUCUGGACUUUCUUUACUGUUGUGUGAUACUCAGUGUCUCUGCUCACCUUCUUUCUGUCGUAGCUUGGCGAGGGAUGCGGAGUAAAGGAGACGCCCCAGCAGAAGUACCAGCGUCUGGUCAGUGAGAUCCAGGAACUCACCCAGGAGGUGGAAACUAUCCAGGUGAACAGACCUCGAAACACACACACUCAAAACACUUAGUCUUUGUCUCCACAGGAGUUGGCAAGAGAUGGUCCACUCUGUUAACACUGUCCUUUAUCUCCCUGUUUGUUAACAAAUCUAACAGGGGACUUAGUUUCACUUUGCUCCUCAACCAUGUAAUCAUGUAACUCUUCAGAGGAAUGAACAUUUAAGGCGUAGAGGUGUAGUAUAAAUGUCUAGUUGUUGUGUCACCACAGUUUUACAAUCCAACCAAAUGCUCCGUUUUAAUGUGAACCGAAGCUUUUAACUCACCCUGAGAAUUAGUGCUGAUUAAAAGCACCGAAAGGAAUCACUUCUCAGACUUACAAAGGCCCCACGACCCAGAAACUAAUUAAACUGAGGAGUCAUUAACUUUUCCUCAUAAAGCAGCAGACCCUGCCCUCUGUGGAUCCAUCACCAAACCCACCCUGUGAAAGAGCAGGUUUUGUAACAGUGCCCACGGGUUUUUGACUCAUGCUGAUAGAUUAUGCAGAUACAAAUGUGUAACACGCUGUUUUUCUGCUGCAGUAACUAAAAUUGCAUUCGAAGAGCAGUGUGUCCAUUCAUUCUCUCAUUUUCCUAAACGAAAACGUAACGUUUGGGUCAAAACAUAAAUGAAUACACUUGAAUAGAUUGAAGCAGAAAUUGUGGCACAUCUGUUGUAGAGCUCCAGAAGUAUUUUGGAUAGUCGCAGCAGAGAUAUCUAAGAAUUACAUCUGCCACAUAAAACCAUGUACAUAAACCCAUUAACCAGGGAUGGGUGAUAAAUUAUUGUUCACGAUAAGUAUUCCCCAUCUCACGAUAAUCGCGUUGGUGAUGUAAGUAUGAGCGACGGACUCGCAGCCAUAGCCCACACAGAUCAGAAUAACAAACAAACAUGGCCGAAGUUAAAGAAGAAGACGUUUCUGAGCAGCUGUUACUGAACGAGGCUCCACAUGAGGGAUUUCUAUCAGAAUUGGGGUUUAGAUGAGAGCAAUCAGGUACGCCUGACAUCGGACUGUGGAUCUGCUUCUGUUCACUCUGUGCAAUAAGAGUUUUUAACAAAUGUUGAAAGUGUUUUCACAUUUCACUAGUUUUCUCCAUAACCUACCACUCAAACUUGUGGUUAAGUAUCUUAUUUGACUACUCCAACUGGUGUUCUCAAGACAGAUUGAGUCAAAAAUCAUAAUAUUUUUUAUCGGGACUUUUAUCGUAAUCGCCAGAAUGACAAAUCUUAGCGUGAUAAAUCUUUUAGCCUGUAUCGCCCAUCCCUACCCAUUACUUCUGGGUAACAAAAGUAACUGGGUAACUUGAAUAAAGUCGUCUUAUCUACUAACAUACUAAAUUAGUUGUUAACAAACCAUGGCCUGAAUUCUUGAACCCAUAACAUUCUUCCUAUACCCUGUUUUCCUCAGUGCUUGCUUAUUGCAGGAGUUACUGCUAUCAAUUUUUCCCUUUAGCUAGAAGAUUCAUUCUCUAUGGGACUCAUUCCAUGGGAGCUGACUGUUUAUCGUGGAAGGCAGCCCGAGCUUCCUGAAGCCUACCAAACAAGCUUAGCAGAAAAUCAUUUCAAAGACCUGUUUUUUUCUUUUUUUUUCAGUUGAAAGAGUCAAAGAAAUGUGCCCUCUGGAUUUAGCUGUUUAUCUUGGUUACCCAUAAGUAAAUGCUUAUGCAGUUGGCUCCAAUAGUUGGUUCAAUCUCAGGUUGAAAAAUACCAGAAAACCCUGUCUAAUCUGAAAAAUAUUGUCUGAGGAGAUCCAGCGGUAAUCUUUCAAUGGAAGAGUGCUGAUGUCUUCAGUAUGUUGCCCUUUUAUAAGUUCAGAAUAGGAUAUGGCACACCUGCCUGACUCGGACACACUUGUACUCUUAGAUUUCAUCAACUUUAUGGUUGUUGUGUUUCUUUCUUGUGUAGAUCUCAGUCACUCACUGACCUGUGCUCCUUUAUUCACAGGCUGCCACAAAGGAAAGCAAUGCAGAAGAGCGCCUGACCCCGGUGGUGCUCGCCCAGCAGGCUGCUCAGCUCAAACAGCAGCUGGUUUCUGCCCAUCUCGACUCUCUGCUGGGACCGCAGGCACACAUCAACUUGGCCGACCCAGAUGGAGCGCUGGCCAGGUGAGCGGAGAGAGUGUCACAGGACAUCAAAGCAAUCUGGAGCCUGAAAGCAGGAGCCGCAAUCUAUUUGUACUUGACAGCAAAGGCAGGGAGUGGAUGGAAGAUGGAGUAGUUUGAUAAAAUAAAGGGAGUCAGCGUUAGAUUGGGAGAGGGAUAGCCGGGGAAUUAAUUUCAGUAAGCCUUGGACUGUAACCCAGAUAGAGAGUGAAAGUAAUAAGGGUAUGGCUGUACAGCUGGUAUCAAUUGCUCACAUAAAUCCAGCUGAGCCCAGCGUAGCGCUACCUAGGGAGGAGAAGAACUGACCGACAGAUGAUUUAAGAAGGGAAAUAAAAACCAGAGAAGGUAAAAGAUUAACAGACAGAGGGGCUUAGAGAGAUGAAAACAAACUGACAAGACAUGUCAAGGAAAUUAAGAUAAAGAAGGACAGAGGAAGUGUAUCAAGGAGAAGUAAGUGUUUUAGGAAGUUCAACUUGACCUCACAGUCAUUGAAGACCCUGAGAAGAUUGAUACCAAGAAAGAGUGGCACGUUGGGUCGGUAACAAUAUCGAACAUACGGUCUGAUUCUUUGGAGUCUUCCUCUUUCCUGCAGGCGUCUGCUCACCCAGCUGGAGGCCGCCAAAAGCAGCCGUGGAAGCGGAGACAGUAAGCCGACGGCAACAGCUAAGGCCCCAGAUGGAGUGGUGCUGUACGAGCUGCACAGUAGACCGGAGCAGGAGAAAUUCAACGAGUCUGCCAAGGUAAAGUGGAAACGGAGGAGGAGGGAGCACAGAGUCAAGCACCUCGGAUGAAUGCUUUAGCAAAAUGAGCAAAUGUUACAGCGGCGUGAUCAGCUCGAUGCUUUUGUUUCCAUUCUCUCGGGAGGAAUGUCAGAAUACUUGACGGCAAUGAGCAGGACAAAAGGCAGGAGGGUGCGCGCGUGGGAGUUUGUGUGUUCGUAUCUCUUGUGGGAUGCUGUUGUCGCUGCCAACCAUGUGUUGCCUUUUUCCGUCCCUGUAGAUGGCGGAAUUGGAGAAGCGUCUCGCUGAGCUGGAGAUAGCUGUUGGCUCGGGAUCAGACAAGCAGGUACACUCCGUCUCAGACACAGUUUUACACACAAACAAACACGCAUCCUCUCUAAUGCCUUUCCCUUUCAUUCACACUAAUUCUCUUUCUACUCCGUCUUUCGCUCUAACACCGGCAGAAUUUUCUUGCUCCUCUUGCUGUGAAACCGUCCAUAAAAGUGAAAUAGGAAUAAAACCUUCCUCUGGAUUUAUGCAAAUUAAGAGGGAGGCUUCAUUGCUUCUUGUUAAAAUGUUUUUUUUUCUUCUCUCUUUUCAUUGUGUUUGCAAUGCAGGGACCUCUGAGCGCUGGAGUACAAGGAGCCAGUUUGAUGGUAGGAAGUCAGCUUUGCUUUUUUUUUGGGAGAGGAGUGUGUGGAGUUUGUGUUUGUAUUCAUAACACUGUGUGUCUGAUGUGCAGCCAGAGAACUGGGUCGUAUUUCUCAGAUGACAGUACUUCCUCCAAGUUUGUCUAUUGUUACUGUGCCAGAACAAGAACUUAAAGUUUGGGGCCCAAACUUCCAUAUGAUGGGUGUGUGUGUGUUUGUGUGCUUGUGUAUCAGGACACCAUCGAGUUACUCCAGGCGAGGGUCAGUGCGCUGGACUCUACCACUCUGGAUCAAGUGGAGGCUAGACUGCAGGUAACUUUUACUUGGACUGAAUUCUUUACAGGCUUUUUGGGGGGAAUGAAGAAUGUUCCCAUCUAGAAUAUUUCCCACAUUGUUUGAGGUGCUCAAAAGUUCCUGUUGUCAAUUUCUUAUCAAUGGAGUUUCUAACUAUUGGUGUAAAUCUUAACUUUUAUUAAUGCUGCGUUUGAGUGACCUCGGAAGUCAGAAGUCCGAGCUGAAAAUGAUGUCACACCCGAGUUACCAGCGUUUCAGUUAUCAAGUUGGCACAAAAAGCUACAUCAGAGGCGGGAACAAGAUGGCUACAUCUGUGAAAGUUAUUUUAGCGCUUGCCUUGGCAGAAUAUAAGGCAAGUGCUACAAUAACUUUCGUAGUUGUAGCCAUCUUGUUUCCGCCUCCGAUUCUGUUUUUUUGAAGGCUGAACUGAAGCGCUGGUAACUGGGGUGUGACGUCAUUUUUAGCUCCGACAUCUGACUUCUGAGGUCACUCGAUCGCAGCAUAAGGCCACAAGAGAAUCUUGAAAAAAAAUCUGUGUUUUAAGAGAACGAUGAAAUGUAGUUUUAUGUUUCCUUUGUUACCGUUGAGCACAUUUUUCUUAUUUUUCUUCUCUGCUGGGCCAAAAAGAUGGCCUCAUGAGUUGUGUAACUAUUUGUUGCACUAGAAAAUGACCAUGUUUUUAUGAGAGGGUGUUUUUUGUGGUAAAAUGCUGACAGAUGUUUACAAAAUAGAUCAUGAUUUUUUUACUUAUGAAUUCAAAAUGUUUUUUUCCCCAAUAAAUCGACUUUCAACCUGAUUUUAUGUCCUUUUUUUUUUCAGUUUUACAUCUGAAUGCCUCUUAAAUGAUCAUUUUUUAUCGUUUUUCUCUCCAACUCAGAGUGUCCUUGGGAAGAUGAAUGAGAUUGCUAAACACAAGGCAGCAAUCGAGGAUGCAGAUACACAAAACAAGGUUUGUGGGGUUUCCUGCACAUCCAUCAAUGCACAAUAACUGCAGUGGUCACAUCAGGCGCCUCGGCCUUCAAAGAUGCAUUUAUAUACACUUCACUUUUGAUCCCUCUUUAAUUAGAGCGCUUUCAGAGGGACACGGUUUUAGUCUGUUGGUAAAAAUGGGGCAUUUUAUGUACAGAGGCCUUGGACCCAGGUCAGCUCCAACUGGCCCUCUCUUUCUGCUGUCGUAUCCUCACAUUCGAGGCAUAAAAGCCAAAAAAAGAUUUAAUUAAAAAAACACAUCUAGUGUAAAAAUUUCUAAAAGUAGAGUGAAGUGACAGGUAUUAUUAUUAUGGAAAUUUUUCUCUUUUUGGCUGACUGGAUCUGACGGCUCCAUUUAUCAGUUAAGGCAGUGAACUACAGGUUCAAUUUGAAUUUGGUUUAAUUUUUUAACUACGAGCUAAAUCAGAUUUAAUCAAACUUUCUGACUCAAGCUCAUUCAUUAAAGUUGUAGAUCCAGCUGUGUGUGUGUGAGACUUCUAGAAAAUGUGUGUUGUGUAUCAGGUGUUGUCUGUUUGAAAGAGUUGUGCAGUAUUCAGGCCAGUAGAGGGCGGUGUGUUCUAAUUAAAUCAUGACGGUGUAAUGAAGUCUGAUUGUGAUUUAUUGUUUAUACACAGGGUUACUGCACAUUGAAGCUUUGUUGUUGUAGGGACCAUAAUGUUCUUUAAUUUUUAUGUAGGGGGUACGGCUGAAUUUUAAAACAAUUAAAAGUUGAAAACACACUUUAAUUUGAGAUUACGAGUAAUUAAUUCAUAGUUGCUGAUUCAACAUUUUACUGUUGAUUAAAAAGUUGAUUGCUCGAAUGUUUACAUGCUCUUCAUAAGGGAAUGUAUGACAGGUUUCGAAGCUGGAGGGUUUUGUCUCUGUAUUAAACGUGCCUGUUUGUGUUUACCUGUCAGGUGUCGCAACUUUACGAUACUGUGCAGAAGUGGGAUGCGAUGUCCACCUCCAUACCUCAGGUGGUCCAGAGGCUUGUUGCUGUCAAGGAGCUCCAUGAGCAAGGUAACAGAGAUUCAAACGUGUUUACAGCCCAUAAUGAUGAGGUGGAGCUCACUACAUCACUCAUCCAAUAAUACUGUGUGAACGUACUGGAGCAGAGUAAUUAGCUCAUGUUGCAAAUAUUGUAAUGGUAUUGCUCUAGGGGCAAAUUUCACACCAGUAAUGAUAAAAACAAUGAAAAAUCCGAUAAUUUCUGUUCUGUUCUUUUAUGUGAGUGCGGGAGAACCUUGAAAUGACACCCAUGAGGGUUCAAGGGGAAGAUGUAUGUAGGUUAGUGGGGGUGGGGGAUUAGCAUUAAAGAUUCAAAAUAUGUAGGAUGUAGCUACAGAGCAUAACAGGGUGUGAACCCGGCUCAUGUUUCAGGAGGGAUCUGCGCUCAAAUAAUUUGCAUUCGCAAUCGGGAAGCCUGUGUACGAGACAAAAGGUGAAAACUAAGCAGAAAAAGGAUUCAAACAGAUAAAAGAAUUAGCCCAAACCAUGCCUUUCUAUUAUAACAAAGGGCAGAAAUCAGUGAAAGGGAGCCUCAGAAUGGUAAUAGCAUUAGACUAAAUCUAGCAACAAUGUUAAACACGCCCUCAGGGGGGAAGAGAUGCAUGAUAUUAGAUAUCACAUUGUCAUCUUUUUGUUAUUUGUUACAUGUAAGCAGUACUUUUGCAUUGAUAGAUUAUAUUGACAAUUCAUUUGUGGGAGCUGGAAGAGGUCAUUUAUCAUCCAGACUCUUAUUUGCACCAAUCUGUCACAGUCUGCAGCUAAACUGUCCCAUGCAAUCUUUUCUUACAGAUAACAGCAAACAAGAAAACAGAAAUCUAGUGAUGAAUAUGUAAAGCUAUCAUUCUGUUUCAGACUGAGUUAGUCUCUUCUACCACUUCACUUUGGUUUACCACAAAGGCAGCAUUGAGUUUUAAUUUAGAGCUUUAAGCAGAAAUUGUGUAAAAAUUGUUCUUACCCCUCGUCUCUUUCUCCUCUCUCUUACUUCUGAACUUCACUUCUGGUAGCCAUGCAGUUUGGACAGCUGCUGACCCAUCUGGACACCACUCAGCAGAUGAUCAACAACUCUCUGAAAGACAACAACACUCUGCUAACACAGGUGGGAAGUAGUGAAACAUCUAUUGUAUAGUUUAACACUGCUGGAGAAUCUAAUUUAAACACAGCUAUAAAAACAGGACCAACAGUAAUAUUGAAGUUUGGUUGCCAUCACAUUGCAUCAAUCAGCUGUCCUGCUAACUCCAUCUUUCCCCUUACUUGAUUUUCUCACCCUCUUCCCUCCAGGUUCAACAGACAAUGAAGGAGAACCUGGUGGCUGUAGAAGAGAACUUUUCUGCACUAGAUCAGAGGAUGAAGAAGCUCUCCAAAUAAGCUGCGAGAGUCUCGGAGCGGGCCAGGAGAGUGUAGAACAUGGACAAUUAAGAGUUGGCCGGAGAGCGCUCUUGCUUUCUACUUUGCCUCUGCCUUUUUUUCACUAAGUGGAAUGUUAGAAAGCGGGAGAAGAUGGAAUAAGAAAAACAAAAAAAAUAGGAGACCAAAAUGUUCUUGUCCACCCUCCUUUCCCUCUUCCUUUUUCUUGCAUCGAAUUGACAUCAACUGAAAACACUUUUGUCCACUCUAUACACGCCACUGAUUGCAGUCCCAUGCUAAGCUUAUUGACUUUUAGACUGGAUUGUUUUCUUUUUUUAAUAAAAUAUUAGUAUUAAAGAUAAGAAAUUCCUCCAUUCCUUUGAAACCUCUCACAAUGACUGGAUUUGUACUUUAAACUUUGGUUAAGUUAGAAGAAUCACAGUAACGUCGGGUUAAAGGGUGACACAUUUCAGAUGUUGUCUGCUGUAAAAAAAGAAUUAUAGAAAGGAUCUGUUGUCCUCUAGUGUUGUAGCAGGAGCACUUUUGUGCAGGUGUCAGGGCCAAGUGACGGAAGGAGAGCUUGUAAAUAUGCCUGUGUACCUUAUUGUUUCUUCACGCUCAGUCGCUUGUAACUAUAUUAUUAUGACUGAGCCCGGACACCACAGACAAACUUUUAAUCUGCUUUGUCAUUGCCUACAAGUCAACUGUAAUGUACAUCUGUGGUCAUGGAAACUGCUCAAUAAAGUAUGUUAAAAUAAGCUCCCUCUCA